GGGUAUGAGUUAUAUAAAGUACCUAACACCUAAAAUUCCCAACAAUAAUAACGCACCAUCACCAUUUUUCCCUCUUGUACACACUCUGCUAACUAAGAACCACCGGAAAAAACAUGAUGGUGUUCAAUGCCCGGACUUCCGGUGAAUCCACUGGAGGAUAUUUGGCCGCGAAACAAGUGUUUCCGGUGGAAGAUUACCAGGAGAAAAUUUCGCAUCGCCUUAUUGAAGCUGCGCAUACUAAUGAUCUUAAAGUGGCACUCGAAUGCUUGGCGGAUCCGUUUGUUGAUGUGAAUAUCGUAGGAACUGUGUGCUUGAAUUCGAAGAAAACAGAAAUCGUGUUGCACGAUGAGUCUCCGAGCGAGGUUCGAGUCGAAUUUGAGGAGUUUAAAACGGAUGUUACUGCUUUGUUUCUUGCUGCUCAUGCUGGAAAUGUGACGCUUGUUCGAAAACUACUGACUUUCGGUGCAAACGUUAACAAAAAAUUAUUCCGUGGGUACGCGACCACAGCGGCGGCUAGGGGAAGCCAUGUUGAGAUACUAGAGUUGUUAAUUGAAGGUGGAGCUUCUAAGUUGGCUUGUGAGGAGGCUUUGCUUGAAGCUAGCCAUCUUGGUUUAGCCAAGGCGGCUAAAGCUCUAAUGGCGUCUGAGCUCAUUCGCCCCAACGUCGCAAUCCAUGCCUUGGUCAACGCAUCGUGUAGAGGGUUUGUAGAUGUUGUUGACACACUUUUGAAGUGUGGGGUAGACAUAAAUGGAACUGCUCGAGUUUUGCUUCGGUCAUCCAAGCCUUUUCUACACGCUGACGUUAGUUGUAACGCUCUUGUUGCCGCCACAGUUAAUCGCCACAUUGCCAUUGUUCGCCUUCUUUUACAGGCUGGUGCGAGGACAGACACCAAGGUGAGCCUAGGCGCAUGGUCAUGGGACCUAACCACAGGAGAAGAGUUCCGAGUGGGUGCCGGUUUAGCCGAGCCAUACAGCAUCACAUGGUGCGCGGUUGAGUAUUUCGAAGAAACCGGUUCAAUAUUAAACGUGCUUUUACAACAUGUGUCCCCCAACAUUCCUCAUUUUGGAAGAACACUCAUCCACCAUGCCAUCCUUUGUGCAAAUCUAAAAGCAAUUGAGAUAUUAUUAAACCGCGGUGCGGAUCCCGAGUUCCCAAUCCAAGGAACUGGAUCGCGGUUAAUCCAUUUGGCUGCUCGGCGAGGUUAUUACACCGUGUUGAACCACUUGGUCAAUGCGGGUUGUAAUCUUGAUUCGAAAACCGAAGGGGGUGAAACCGCAUUGAUGAUAUGUGCAAGGUAUAAACAUGUGGAUUGUCUUAAGUUAUUGGCUAGGUCCGGUGCGGAUUUCGGUUUGGUUAAUAUGGCUAACCAAUGUGUUCAGUCGAUUGCGGGUUUGGUUAGAUGGACACUAGGGUUAAGACAAGCUAUUUUAGACGUGGUUCGGACCGGGACGGUUCUUUACUCCUCGGACACUUCGAUAUUCUCGACUUUGAUGUUUGUUACACGGAUAAAUGAUGUUGCGUCUUUGGAAAAGAUUGUUGACCAAACGGGUGUCAUCGACCUUAACGAACAAGACGAAAACGGGUACUCGGCGGUUAUGGUGGCGGUUAUAAACGGCCACGUGGACGCCUUUCGGUUGCUUGUUUUCGCAGGAGCUGAUGUGAAUCUUGGAAACAAGUAUGGUGACACCGCAAUUAGUUUGUCAAAAGCAAGUGUAAAUUGUGGUGAUUUUGAGAAAGUUAUUCUUGAAUAUGCACUUACGAAAUCCACCCCAAACUCUUGUAACAUUACAUUUUACACCCUCCACCGAGCGGCUUCCAAAGGCGAUUACGACACCGUUGAAGCAUUAACCAAUGGAGAAAAUAACGUAAAUGCCCCUGACAGCGACGGAUACACACCCCUUAUGUUAGCCGCAAGAGGCGGGCAUGGAAAAAUAUGCAAGCUUUUAAUCUCGAAAGGAGCGAUUUGUGACAUAGAGAAUGCAAGACACGAAACCGCCCUGAUGUUAGCUCGUGAAAACGGUGUAGGGAAUGAUGCCGAACGGGUUCUAUUGGACCAUAUGGCUCGUGGGCUCGUGUUGGGCGGGGAUCGGGUCAAAAAGCAUUGUAAAGGGGGUAAAGGGUGUCCGCAUACCAAACAGCUAGUUAUGGUCGAGGAUAACGGUUUACUGAGGUGGGGAAAAUCGAGCAGGAGGAACGUGGUGUGUAAAUGGGCGGAGGUGGGGCCGAGCGUGUCGUUUCGGUGGAACCGAAGGAAAAAGGCGGACCGGGAUGAACCAGGGUUGUUUCGGGUGGUUACAACUAGGAACAAGGAGGUGCAUUUUGUGUGUGAGGGUGGUGUUGAGAUGGCUGAGUUAUGGGUUCGGGGGAUUGAACUUGUGACACGAGAAGCUAUUUUCGGAAAGUGAACUUUCUAUACUUUAUUAAUUAUACUCUACAUAUAUUUAACUUA